CAGACUUUGGCCACCCUAAAAGUGCAGGUUUUGUUAGCAAACUAACUCGAAGUGUACGAGCCGCGCCGACUUUAGUUAAAGUUGUGCAUUCAUCCGCCAAUCGAUCCGCGAGCGCGUGAGCUGCUGAUUGAAGCACCGAGGUUGCACGAGGACCAACCAUUUAGUUUUAAACGCUGCGAGUUUUGCACAAACCAGCGAUCCUGAGCGGGUGUAAGGCUAGAUGCAGGGAGGGAGGGAGUAAAAAAAGGCAAAAGUCUUUGUGCUUCCCUUCCCCCUCAUCAAAGCAAAGGGGAAAUGUCUCUGUCUAAAGGAGGGAAGAAGAAGAACCCUGGGCUGAAGCUGGCCAAAGAAGUGUUUGCGCAGCCCACACCUGCAGCAGCGCCCCCUCGAGAUCUUGACUCAAAAGCUUGCGUCACAAUCGGAGAUCAGAACUUUGUGGUGAAGGCCGAUGACUUGGAGCGGAUUGCAGAGCUGGGGAGGGGAGCCUACGGGGUGGUGGACAAGAUGAGACAUGUGCCCAGUGGUGUUAUCAUGGCUGUCAAGAGGAUUCGUGCCACAGUGAACACUCUGGAGCAGAAGAGGCUCCUGAUGGACUUGGACAUUUCCAUGAGGACAGUGGACUGCUUCUUUACUGUGACCUUCUAUGGGGCCCUCUUCAGAGAGGGGGAUGUUUGGAUCUGUAUGGAGCUGAUGGACACAUCUCUGGAUAAGUUCUAUAAGAAGGUUAUUGAUAAAGGCAAAAACAUCCCCGAGGACAUCUUGGGCAAGAUCACAGUAGCAAUUGUCAAGGCAUUAGAGCAUCUGCACAGUAACCUGUCAGUGAUACACAGAGAUGUGAAGCCCUCCAAUGUUCUCAUCAACACUCAGGGCCAAGUGAAAAUGUGCGACUUUGGCAUCAGUGGCCACCUGGUGGACUCUGUGGCCAAAACAAUGGAUGCAGGCUGCAAGCCCUACAUGGCGCCCGAGCGGAUCAACCCUGACCUCAACCAGCAAGGCUACAGUGUCAAGUCAGAUAUAUGGAGUCUUGGUAUUACGAUGAUUGAGCUGGCCAUUUUGAAAUUCCCCUAUGAAUCAUGGGGCACCCCCUUCCAGCAGCUCAAACAGGUGGUGGACGAGCCAUCUCCACAGCUGCCUGCCGACCGUUUCUCACCAGAGUUUGUAGACUUCAUCUCCCAGUGCUUAAGAAAGAAGCCAAAUGAGAGACCAGCUUAUACAGAAUUAAUGCAACAUCCAUUUUUCACCCUGCAUGACUCCAAAGAGACAGACGUGGCCAGUUUUGUCAAGGUCAUCCUGGAUGACUGAUGGGCUGCCUCCAGGCUCCUCCCUGUCAGGGUAGGCGGGGACCUCUCAGCAAACAAACCAAUGGCCUACCUUUUUUUUUUUAAAACUCACUGGAAUGACAGACUCUCAUGCACCCACAUACAACAGGGGUGGGGAGGUGACCCAAAGACUGACGGCAGCCCAGCAGCACUGGAGUGGGAUAGUGGUGGUAAUAUGAACUUGUACGGUCAAAAACCCAACUGGAGAGGUUUAAUUCGCUCCUUCAAGCUUCCUGUGUGUGCAAUUAUUCAACAUGACGAAUAUGAACUGAAGCCAAUUAGUUGUUCUUGUCUUGCUUUUCUUUUGUUUUUGCCCCACUGCCCCUUUUAUCUCUCUCUUCAUAACGGACAGAGCCAGCCAUUAUUUCUUUGUGACACAUAUUGUAUGAAUACUUUGAAUUUCAUCUGCAAAACCAACAGUUAAUGUUGUAUGUUGUUGUGUACUGAAAGCUAUAUUUGCAUAAGCGUUUGUAUGUUUUCUCAUUAUACAGAGUUUUGAUACUGUAUAUCAUCAAGUGUGAAUUUUACCGGACUUGGGCCUUAUUUGUCAGAUUGCGUCAGGUGAACUGUUCGACCUGCCUCUGCCCUGAGGUGAUUGGUCAAUGCGGGGCCGGGCUGUGGGAGGCUCUAGAGCCGAGACAAAACAUGUGGGGGGGGGGGGGGAC